AUGGAUGUGGCGGCGGCUAGUAAUGCUCCGGUGAAUCUUAAAUCUGUCCCAGCGACUACGAUGGUUGAGGAAGAGAACGGAGACGGAGGAGAACCGGUGGCUCCUCCGCCUGCGAAAAGGCAAUGUUUUGACCAAGAGAUGAACAGAGUGGCGGAGAUUGUGCUGGUUUUGUCGGCGUUGGGGAGGAUGCGAGCAGGGGAAAGCCCGACGGAGUUGGAGCUGGAGCUUAUGGUGGAGGCUAGGUCGAAAUUAGCAGGGAUGUGUCAAGAGUUUACCCCUAAGGACAUUGUUGGUAGCGAUGGUGUUAGAGCUGUGAUUGAAGAUCUGGGUUUGAAUGGUAAUCCUAAAGACCAGAGAUUAGGGUUACGAGCGCCUAAGCUGACCAUCUCCGAGAAGCUAUCUCUUGGGAAAAGAAAGAUGGAAGAAGCAAAAAAGUUUCUUACACCUGCAGUAUCCACUGUGUACGCACCUCACUUGUCACAGCCAAACGGUGGUGUUGCAUCUCCAGGUCUUGCGAAGAAUGUUUCUGUGGCAAAUCAGUGGCCUACUACUGUUAAUGCAACUGGAAGCAAUUUCAGAGUGGAGAGACCUCAGAUGAUGCUUAACGGUGCUUCUCAGGGCACUCCAAAUUCUGCAGCAAAUUAUUAUGCUCCAUCCUGGUCUGCCCAAUCUCAAUCCACCACCAUAUCAUUCAGUACUGCGUCAGAUAAGAAGGUUCCUAUACAAAGUUCGGUCAGGGUAACAGAUCCAAGCUUUAGGCCAUUCAUGUCCCAAACUCCGCCUGGUACAAAUCAGCCGGUGCAGGGAAUGCGUUAUGGUCAGACUUCUUCGUUUGGAAACAGCCAUAGUGAAAUCGCUAAGAUAAUCCAUAAAGUUCUGCAACCACUGGUUAAACAAUAUCCUUUGUGGAAUCCACCUUCAAGAGAUUAUAUGAGCAGAGCAACGACAUGCCAGAUGUGUGAAGCCACCGUCAAUGAAGUGGACACUCUUGUGAUUUGUGAUGCUUGUGAAAAAGCAUACCACGUGAAAUGCCUCCAAGCAAACAACAUGAAAGGGCUUUCAAAAUCCGAAUGGCAUUGCUCAAGAUGUGUACAAGCAAGCAGUGGGAAGCCAUUCCCUCCUAUAUAUGGUCGCACCAUAACUAAGAGUACAGCAAAAACGACUUCUAGUGCAGCCGGAGUUCAAUCAUCCACAGCGAAGAAGGUUGGAUCUAUGGACAUAAAGGUUAAUCAACAGAAACCAAUUGUAACUACGAGCCCUGGAGCACAAAACCUUCCUGGCUUUGUUUCUGGAGCAGCAACUACAUCUCGUUUUGAGACGGGUAGUGUGAAUGCAAAUGCAACUGCAAGCGCAGCAAAGACUACUAACAUUGGACCACAAGGCUUUAAGGAAAGUCUUAUCUGCAGUAACAUUUCUCCAGCACCGGGAUCACUUACCGAGACUCCGAAUCCUGCAGCCAUUGCAAGUACAGGUGCAGUGACAAGCAAUGGCCUCAUAUCAAAACCUUUAACACCAGUUGGCACUAUGAGCAGCACUUCUCCAUUGCCUGUUAGUAACCAGGUUACCACGAACGCAACCCCAAACGCUACUCCGAGUACACCAAUAACUGCAACAGUUACCGGAAAUGGUGACAUCAGCUCAACCGCCUCUGCGACUGCUGGCCAUUCCAAAUUGAAUGCCGACCUUACCGCUCAAGCCCAUGCAUUGACUGCUACUUCCAGUAGCAAUUCCCCACCAGCAGUGUCACGUUCUGAGACUGCAAAAUCAACUGAAGAUGUAGCUAUAGGUCAAGCGUUGAAUGCUGAUGAUGGACCACAAGCUGCUUUGGGAAAUGUUGCUAGGUGUGAGAAUCCAUCAGAGUCCAAAUCUCAUUCAGACUCUUUGAAUGAUCAAACACUAUCAGAGAACGGGCAAGAAUCUAGCAAAGAUGCCACGGAGAAACUUGCUUCUGAAAUUUGCCAGAACCACCCAGUAGAAUCUCCAGCCGCAGUUAUAUCAGACCAAGACCCGAAGAUCACUGCAAAACCAUCCGUGCCACAAGAGAAUUCAGUUUACCUGAGACAGGAAACAGCGUCUCAGCCUCCUUCGUUGUCAUCUGACUAUGAUUCACAAACCGAGAAGGAAGCGCCAAGUGUCCAAAACUCUUUACAAAAGGUCCCAGGAGAUUCACAGGAAGGCAAAGGAUCAGCUAGUUUAGAUGAUAGGCAUCAGGAACAGCCUUCAGAUCGCGAGUCUGAUAAGUCAGAUUCGAUAAAGGGAGCCAAUGAUGCCUGA